AUGGCCACCUCUUGGCUGGGUAUUUUAGACAUGUUCGCAUUGAUUUUAUCGCAGGAGGCUGCGCCGAGAGUACCAUCAGGGUGCCUCUUGACUGAUCUCGAGUACGCCGACGAUGUUGUAAUAUUCGCGGAAAGCACUACUAAAUUUCAACAUGUUGUCAAUCUCGUAUCGGGGUUUGCUGCAGCCUAUGGAUUACCUCUACGCACUGAUAGAUGCAAGCAGCUGUGUAUUUCUUCAAGACCUCAAGAGGGAAUCAGGGUGGAGGGACAACCAAUUGAACUCGUCGAUGAGUUUUGUUACCUGGGCUGUAUGCUGAAAAACAAUGGCAUUCACAAGAAAGAUAUUCAGCAAAUAUGCGCUAAGGCCGUCUUCGCAUUCACCCAUUUCACUUCGCAUUGA